GUGUCUUCGUCCCCCUUUCGCUUUCGCUCUCCCACCCGGAAAAACCACGCGACAAUCCGGGCAACGCAGCCAUGCGCCCGCUUAUCCGAACCGCCUGUCUCCGCGCUCGUGUGCGCGCCAUGGCCACGCUUCCCACCACCGCCGCCUUCUCCUCCACACGCGCCCCUUCCCCAUGCCCCUCUCCUUCGCGCGCCCGUCGCCUGCUCGUCGCAGCCCGCUUCCUCCCCUCAGCACCGCCGCCGCCGGCAGGGGCACGGGCGCUCCGGACGUCCGCGGCGGCGGCGGAGGCCGCCGUCGAGGUGGGCGGCGUCAAGAUCGCGCGAGAGGAUGUCGUCAAGGAGGAUGACCCGACGAACAAUGUGCCAGACACCAUUUAUUCAAAAAUAGGUCUUCAGCUGCACAGGAGGGAUAACCACCCUCUAGGGAUUCUCAAGAAUACUAUCUACGAUUACUUUGACAAAAGUUUUCCUGGCCAGUUUGUCAAGUUUGAUGACCUCUGCCCUCUUGUUUCUACUAAGCAGAACUUUGAUGAUGUCUUGGUCCCUGCCGACCAUGUAAGCCGGAGUUACAAUGACACAUACUAUGUCGAUUCUCAAACAGUCUUGAGGUGUCAUACCAGCGCUCAUCAAGCAGAGCUGCUAAGAGAAGGGCAUACACACUUUCUUGUAAUUGGAGAUGUUUAUCGUAGGGAUUCUAUUGAUUCAACUCAUUACCCUGUCUUCCAUCAGAUGGAAGGCUUUCGUGUCUUCUCUCCAGAUGACUGGUCAGGCUCCGGAAUGGAUGGGACAGCAUAUGCAGCUACAGACCUCAAGAAAACGCUGGAAGGCUUGGCAACACAUUUAUUUGGUGCUGUGGAGAUGCGCUGGGUUGAUACUUACUUCCCAUUCACCAACCCAUCCUUUGAACUCGAAAUAUAUUUCCAGGGUGACUGGUUGGAAGUUUUGGGAUCUGGGGUCACUGAGCAGGAAAUUUUAAAAAGCAAUGGUAGGACAGAUCAUGUUGCAUGGGCCUUCGGACUAGGCUUGGAACGACUAGCAAUGGUCCUCUUUGAUAUUCCAGAUAUUCGACUGUUCUGGUCAAAUGAUCAGCGGUUCACAUCCCAGUUCUCUAAAGGCAAGCUUGGGGCCAAGUUCAAGCCAUUCUCGAAGUUUCCACCCUGUUACAAGGAUAUGAGUUUCUGGAUAAAUGAUGAAUUUACAGAGAACAAUUUAUGUGAGGUUGUCAGAGGAAUUGCUGGAGAUCUUGUAGAGGAGGUAAAAUUAAUAGACAAUUUCACAAACAAGAAAGGCAUGACGAGUCAUUGCUACAGGAUAGCCUAUAGGUCAAUGGAACGGUCGCUUACAGACGAGGAGAUCAACGACAUGCAGUGGAACGUGAGAGAAGAGGUGAAAAGUAAAUUGAGAGUUGAGCUGAGAUAAAACAGAGCUGGCUCACGUGUUCUUUGUAUGUAAAUUUGUUGAGAAGUUUAUUAAUACAUGGAGAAAUGGGGGCCAUUUUGCUCUUGUAAUAACCCACAUCUUGUCUUUCUUUUCUUUAUGAAGGAGAAAAACCCCUUCGCAUAGUUAGCACGUUAAAUUUUGCUGGAUUCCAGCCAUUUGAAGAUAAUUAUCCAUUGCUCAGUUCUGAUUUUUCA